AUGGCUAUGCUCUCGCUGAACUCGAUUCUCUACCGUUUUGUGCUUCCGCUAGCACUGCUUCUCGGUGCGUCAGUUCGGCCCAGUAUCAUAUCGCUGGCGUAUGUGUUAUGUGCUUUAGCUGGGCCUCUGUUGCCACCGGUUUCGUCACGCUCGCCCGCUUCGGUUUCGUGCGUUUCGCGGAUUUAUCUCGUCAUCGUUUUUCUCACAUCACUGGCAGCGUGCAUCUGCCAGCUCUCCUAUCAGAUCUAUGAGCGAGUGGCCCAGCCAAGUGUCGAUGAAUACACGAGAAGUUGUAAUAGCUCUGCUUUCCACUUCUGGAUGCGACAGCUGGGACUGAUCAGAAUCAAGGGCCAUGCUGGCUUCGACACCGUACGUGUAAUCCUUCCCGAAAUACUUGCAUUUCUGAGCUCUCUUAUUACAUCCAUCUGUUGCUUGGCCUAUUCUCAAAAAGCUCGUGAUGCAGAUGAGUCCGGACGAGUCUCAAAUGUCCAGCCAGUACGUGAAGGCUCCAGUGAGCAAAGGGAAUCCGAUAAAAUUCGUAUCGCGGAAGCGAUGCUUUUGGCGCUGAAGAAGCUUUCCGAUGUUGCAAUUAUUAUGUUCGUUGGCUUGGUCGGCAUCUUCCAACCCUCUCUUCUCAAUUCUCUCUACUUUGCCGCAUUUCUCUUCGUCUUGACAUGGUGGGCCUCGUACAGACCAUUACAACGAAAUGUUUACAAUGCUGUUAAACUUGUGAUUAUCUAUUACGGGGCGUUGCAUUUCGUGAUUAUCUAUCUCUAUCAAAUACCGUUUAUUCAAAUUAUCCUUCCAGGACAUUCGUUUAUUGCACGAUUUACCCGAAAGUGUUUGUUCUUUAGCGUGUUUGGUUUGGUGCCACUGCUUAACACGGACUGCAGUCGGUGGUGGGCUGUGGAGAUCGUUUUCGAUGAUUACUGGACAGCGUUUGUGAAUCCGUUGCUCGUGCUUGCUUUGUAUUAUCUCCUGAUUGUGCAGUAUGGCUUUACCAAGUAUGGGAUUUUGCAUGACUACACUGCUGGCCGCUACGGAAGUGCCGAAAGCAGCGUCCAUGAGGAGAAUGUGGCCAUGUCAGUGUACAGAGCUUCCCAAGGGGCUGGUGCAACAGCAGAAGUGUGGCCUGAUGAAAGAACUGCUGGGAUUGAGGAGGAGGUGGAGGAUCGGCGUGAAAAUUCGCUGCUGACAGAUGAAGACGAUUUGCAGCAUUCUGAGAAUGUGCCGUUACAGAAGAUCUCUGCCUCCGAAUUGGAUCGCCGCAAAAUUACAGCUUUACUUGUCGGUGCUGGUGGCAAGGAAACUGCAACAUCGCAAGGACUGGCAGCAGCAUUGGCAUUUCUCCUGCACCACUGCUAUGUCUUCGCUUUGCUUGCAAUGAUGUUCUGGGCUCUCCUUUAUCACUCGGUAUUCGGUCUUAUCUUCUUACUGGAAGCUUGUGUUCUUUGGCUGUUCAAAGACACGCGUGCUAUGGUAUUUCGACAUUCACCGCUUCUUCUUCCAUAUACUGAAUGCUUGCUUAUUGUGCAGUAUGUGUGCAGUAUGGAUAUAAAGAAUGAGCUACCGAAAUCCAGUUUUUUGGAACUUGUUGGUUUCGUCACUGCAGAUAGUCGUACAUCCGCAUUUGUCACCCUUCUGGCGAAGUGCUUGCUUAUUGUGCAGUAUGUGUGCAGUAUGGAUAUAAAGUAUGAGCUACCGAAAUCCAGUUUUCUGGAACUUGUUGGUUUCGUCACUGCAGAUAGUCGUACAUCCGCAUUUGUCACCCUUCUGGCUAAGGGUUUAUUAAGCUUGCCGUUGUUUGCUUUACUCCGCUUACAUCUUCGCGAGAAGCACUACAAUUCGCUGGCUGAACAUGGCCAGUCAAGGCGGCGCGAUUGCACCUAUAUAACAUCAGCAACAAACCCUCUUCAAGUGCCGGAUGCCGGAGAAGCUGCUACUGGAAGCGCAGAGCAACUUGUGCCCUCAUAUGUAAGCGCAACAAGCCAGCUAAUAGUAAAAGCAAUGCCCUAA